CUCGCCUUCCACUCCAACUACCGUCCCAACUAAACCCUACCCACACCAUGUCGUCCUCCCGAUACGCCCAUAUGCUCCUGCGCGCGCGCCCGGCCCUAGGCGCGCUGGCCCCCCGUGUCACAGCGUCCGUCGCGCACCCUCUGUCCGCCGUCGCGUCGCGUUUCGCGCCUACUGCGUCAUGUGCCCCUGCCUCCCGCUUCGCCCGCUUCCAGCAGACCAUCGCGUCUGCCGUGGAGGAGCCGCCGGCCGUGGAGGAGCUGCCGGCCCCCGAGCCGCAUCAGACCUUCCUGGAGAGCGUAGACCUCUUCUUCCAGCGCGCGGCCCACCUCACCAACAUCAGCCCCGGCCUGCUGGACAUCAUCCGCGCCUGCAACUCCGUCGUCGAGUUCCAGUUCCCUAUCAGGAGGGACGACCAGUCCACACAGGUCCUCACUGGCUAUCGCGCACAGCACUCCACACACAUCCUCCCCACGAAGGGCGGCAUCCGCUACGCAGCCGAUGUCAGCUUGGAGGAGGUUAAGGCCCUUGCCGCUCUCAUGACUCUCAAGUGCGCGCUUGUCGAGGUACCAUUUGGAGGAGCCAAGGGUGGUGUUUGCAUUGAUAGGCGCGAUUAUUCCAUCACUGAAAUUGAACGCAUUACGAGGAGAUUCACUCACGAACUGCACGCAAGGAACCUUAUUGGCAGCGGCAAAGAUGUCCCCGCCCCUGAUUAUGGAACAGGACCCCAGGAAAUGAGUUGGAUCAGGGACACAUUCUCUCAACUGAAUCCUGGUCAUAUGUUCACAGCUGGGUGUGUGACUGGAAAGCCUGUUGGUCAUGGUGGAAUCCGAGGGCGCGAAAGCGCCACUGGACUAGGCGUAUUUUACGCUAUUCGCUCAAUUCUCGGCCAUGACUCAGCUCUCCGGAAAACCGGCAUCGCCUCACCGGGCGUGAAAGGCAAGACGUUUGUCCUUCAAGGAUUCGGAAAUGUUGGAUACUGGUCUGCCAAGUUCAUUCACGAAGACGGAGGAAAGUUCAUCGCAGUCGCUGAAAGGGAUGGUAUCCUGUACGACCCCGAGAGGGGAAUUUCUAUCCCAGCUCUUCAGAAGCACAUGCUGGACACAAAGGGCUGCAUUGAAGGGUUCACGAACGAGGGGAGCCCUUCUCUAUCGAUUAUUGCCGAUCCUUCUAUGUUCCUCUCGAUCGACUGUGACGUCCUGAUCCCUGCAGCCCUGGAGAGUGUCAUCCACAAAGACAACGUACAUCUUGUCAAGGCGAAAAUUAUCGCCGAAGCAGCCAAUGGUCCUAUUACAGCUGAUGCAGAUGAAAUUUUGAACAAGCGGGGCGAUACUGUUAUCAUUCCAGACCUUUUGGCUAACAGCAUGGGUGUGAUGUGUUCGUACGUUGAGUGGACCAAAAACAUGACCGGCAUGAGGCUGGGGCGCCUCACCAAGCGUUUCGAGGAAAGCCACGGCCACACUAUGAUUGCGGCAACUGACCAGGUUUUGCAGAUCUCCGAGGAAAAGAACUGCUCUUUACGGGAUGCCGCAUACAUCAAAUCCUUGGAAGCUAUCGCUGAUACGUACCGGAGGGCUGGACAAUGGCCGUAAGCCGUUGAUGCCUUCAGUACUGUGUAUUCAAGCAUGACUUUUGCCGGCCGUAGGGCUAUGGAGGUAGACAUACAUAAAUGAUCGUGCGAUGCUAGUGCCAUCAAGCAACGUGUUCCAACACGAGACUGUCAAUAUGCUAGGGUACUUCGAGUGGGAGUAUUGUAGAAUAUGGCUAGUUCGAAUGAGCAUUGUCAGCGUCACCUUUUUUGCUUACGCGCAUAUGCUUCGUGUCAGACAACUGGGCGAGUUCAGUGGCCAUCAUAUGAUAUGAUUCAUAUCAUCCUUGCGGAGGAGAGGAGAUUUUGAGAUUGUCAAGUCUCAAGAGGCUUCGCUCGUCCUACAAGGCGCUAACUCCUCAAGUGAUCAAAUUUCGUCAAUUUUGAUUCCUUUA